CAAUCAGCCGUUUUUCCGUCGGCCGUCACUUCGCCCAGCGGUCGCACAGCGGCUGCGGUACCGGCGCUUGACGGCAACGAUAGCGCGAGCCCCCACCGACAAAGAAACUCGAAGUCGGCACCAUGACUACGCAAGCCAAGGGACGAUUUCCACUCUUACCAAAAAUAGUAAAUGGCGGGAUUGCAGGCAUCAUAGGCGUCACGUGCGUCUUUCCCAUCGACUUGGUCAAGACGAGACUUCAAAACCAACAGAUCGGGCCAAACGGAGAGCGCAUGUAUCGCUCCAUGCUCGACUGCUUUCGGAAAUCCUAUGCAGCAGAAGGCUUUUUUGGCAUGUACAGAGGUUCGGCAGUAAACAUCUUGUUGAUAACACCGGAGAAAGCCAUCAAGCUGGCUGCCAAUGACUGGUUUCGCCAUGGUCUUUCAUCUUCAAGUGGUAAACUGAGCUUAACGCAAGAGAUGCUUGCUGGUGGAGGAGCAGGCUUCUGCCAGAUCAUCGUCACCACGCCCAUGGAACUGCUCAAGAUUCAGCUGCAGGACGCUGGCCGCACAGGUGGCGAUGCCAGCAAGCGCCUGUCGGCACGAGCAGUGGCCUUGCAACUCGUCCGCGAGCGAGGUCUGGUCGGUCUCUACCGCGGAACGGGGGCCACCAUGUUGCGUGACGUCACCUUCUCCGUCAUCUACUUCCCCCUCUUUGCACACCUCAACUCUCUCGGGCCCAGGAGGCCCGACGGCACAUCGGUUUUCUGGGCAUCGUUCCUGGCGGGCUGCGGAGCCGGCUCGGCAGCCGCCUUCCUCGUCAAUCCCUGUGAUGUCGUCAAGACCCGCCUCCAGCUUCUGAGACGCGCACCCGGGGAGGCCUCUUAUACAGGCAUCCCCGAUGCAUUUAUCCGCAUUCUCCGAGAGGAAGGGGUGCGGGCCUUCUUCAAGGGAGCCGGGUGCCGUGUCAUUGUCAUCGCUCCCCUGUUUGGUAUAGCUCAGACCGUUUACUUCCUGGGCGUGGCUGAAUACUUGCUUGGCAUGCAGAGAGCAAAGACAGCCUAGUCUGGUCCACAUACUGAAACUCUCGCUGCCAGAAACCUCUUCCCGACACAAAAAAAAAAAAAAAACCCACGAGGGCUUUCGAAUCAAAAUUUCCGCUCAGGCCUGUUUCCUCCUGCACAUCGACAGUGUGUUCCGGCUGCAGUGUACCCAGUUCACGUUACUCGGCGAGUUGCUUGACACGCGUGAAAUGUGAGCAACUGCCGAGUCAUCACCUCCACUGUCAACCCAAAGAUUUGUUGACAAACUGGGGGUUUUCAGAGAUUUUAAAAACUGAGAAAGAAAAAAAGAAAUGGCUUUAGUAGUGCAGAGGGAAUUAAUGUGCGUCUGCAUGCAGCGCACACGUAGCUAUAAAUCUACUUCUUCUCGUUGGAGCCUUUGUACAAGGUUUUAGAUAGAUUGAUGAUAGAAGUCAUGCCUCGAGUCACUUGAAGAGUUGCGGAAGCUGUUUGCUAUAUUGACAGUUUAUAUGUCAAACAAGCCAUUGUUGACGAAUGAUAGCUCGUAUUAUUGCCGCUUUUUCGAAAGGUGCAGUCGCAUUCCAUAAGUGUUCUUGUCUGUGGUAACUUAAAUGGAUACCGUCUGCUGUACGUGGCGUGGCAUAUCUGAUUGUCAUCUCAGUAUUCUGAGCAGUUGUAUUGAGCGCACGGCCUGAAUGCUAUGCACCAGAGAUGUGGACGAAACAUAUAUUUUGUGUCCAUAAUUUAAACUUUUUUAGCGCGCACAAAAGACAAGGACAAGCAAGAGACACACGAGCGCUAACUCUCAACUGUUUAUUUUUUCAAAGGAACGAUACAUAUAAAUACCCAAAAACCAGCAUAGAGCUUGUCUUUUGUGCGCGCUAAAAAAGUUUAAAUUAUGGAUCCAUACCAACUUGCCCAGUUAUCUGUCUUACUGAUAUAUUUUGUGACCCGAUGGUUGUAGUGAUUUCUACAAAUGUAGCCUGAAACAGUUGGCAGCUUCAUAUGUUACAUGACCUUCUACGAAGAAUUUUGGUCACUGAUCACAAACACGACUCCUGACCAAUUAUACAAAAAAUAGUCAACUUGUUGUAGACUUUAGCUGUUUUCUAAGCCAGCCAUCGCCUGCCUUGUCGUGUCGCGAAGUUUGUGUAAACCUCGCUCUUGAACAUGCCCUUGGGUUUUGUUUCACAGUUUUUUUACCUUUUAUUAAAAGCUUUCCUUUUUACACUAGAUACCGUUAAAUGCGAGGAUGGUUGGAACACUGCUGUAACCGCUGUAGUAUUUUUUUGCUAACUCUUUUGCAAGGGAAUUUUCGGUGGUCGGCGAACUACUUUGUUUCGUGCAUUUUGUCAGUUAUCAAAUUUUACGCUUAAUGUCUAACAUGGACAAUACUACAGCGUGAGCAAAUUCUCAGGUGUCUUUAUGCCAAACUCUUGGGGUUUAAAAAAUGGUGCGCGAAAUCUUUGAGAAACCUGAACUUCUGUAAAUUCUAAGCAUAUUGCCAAAAAUUUAGAGUUGCAUUUCACGACACUCUGCGCGAAAAAUGCGUUGUCUUGAUUUGAAUGCUUAGUGUUUGAAAUUAGCUUUUUUAUGCGAAAUCUGUGGAAAAACUUCCGACUCACACUUACACAUUUUGGUCAACAAACUAUAUAAUGAACUGAAAUGUCCUGAAAGCAAUGCACAUAAUCAAAGUGCCAUGCAAGAUCACUCUUUUUUUUCUACUUUGAAAUGAGUAUGAACAUAACAUUGAUUUGGGAAAGCACAUACAAAUGUAAUGUUUUGUAACUACGCCAUCCUUGAAUCGUGCAUAUUUACUCACUAGAAAGAUGAAUCUGCCUGCGUAAUACUAUGCCUGCCUAGUUUCACUACUUGAAAGAUGUUUUGUAGAUUCGUUUCCUCAAUUUAUGUUCCUGAAACUCCUUGGUUCAGUCCAAAAUGUAAAGCAAGCACAACGCUUUUGCGUCGAAGUGUUUCUCACAUGUCUUUUUUUUGUAGGUGUUUUGUAUACAAUGGAUAUUGGAGAAAUAUUUUGAUGAGCGAAACAAUGACAGCCCUAUUGCUUCUCAUUUGUAACAUGUUGCGUAGGUUAAAGAGCUUUUUAAAACUUUUCUGUUGCAUGUGUCUCUUGUUAAGCUGUAGACACAAGUCUGUACAUUUUUUGCCACCAACCCCUCCCGUUUCUUAAUGUAUAUAGUGGCAGACAGCCUGAGCAAUUAGUGGGACGCGUUUUGGUCCCAACUCAUGAUCCUUCUAUUUCGUGCUGACCUUUCUGUUGCAUUUGCGAAUUGUGUCCAGGAAUGCUGUAACAGUGAAUGUGAAAUAAAAAAGGUAUAUAUUCCUGUUA